AUGGAAGGCAAUCUCAAGAGCAACGAUGACAACCAUGCAGACAGUGGGAAUAGUAAUAAACUAGUGGCAGCCAAUCGAACGAUUCAUAAUCCUGCUGUCUCUUAUGAUGUCCAUAUCUUUUACUAUGCUUGGUAUGGAAAUCCUGAAAAUGAUGCAAAGUAUAUCCAUUGGAAUCAUCAGUAUCUUAAGCAUUGGGAGUCUGCUGUAGCUGAGCGAUACAAGAAAUAUUCAGGCCGUCAUGCUCCACCAGAUGAUAUUGGAGCUAAUUUUUAUCCUUUUUUAGGUCCGUAUAGCUCUUGGAAUAAAACCAUCAUUCAAGAUCAUAUGAAACAGAUCCAACUUGCAGGAGCAGGAGUCGUCGUUCUUUCAUGGUAUCCUCCUGGAAAAUCCGAUCCGGAAGGAAAACCAAGCGAUUCCGCUGUUUUACCCCUUUUGUUAGCUGCUGACGAGCACAAUCUGAAGAUUACUUUUCAUAUCGAGCCCUACAAGGAUCGGACACCUGAUUCUGUACGAAACGAUAUCAAGUACAUUAUUGAUACAUACGGCCAUUACCCAUCCUUCUAUAAGCGUAAAUGGAAAGGACAACAACUACCACUAAUCUAUGUAUACGAUUCUUAUCAUAUCAAGCCAAAAGCCUGGAAAGAAGUUCUGACCCGCGAAGGCACCAAUACCAUUCGUGGAACUAAAUAUGACGCGAUUGUAAUCGCCUUGUUAGUAGAUGAACAUCAUAAAUCAUUUAUAACGACUGGAGGCUUUGACGGCUUUUAUACUUACUUUGCCGCAGAUGGUUUUACAUAUGGAUCAAGAAAGGAAAACUGGAAAAAUCUCAAGCAAUUUUCUCUAGAAUCAUCAUCCAUUUUUAUUCCUAGUGUUGGACCGGGUUAUAUUGAUACUCGAGUCCGACCAUGGAAUAGUCAAAAUACACGUAACCGUUUAAAUGGGGAUUACUAUGAUAAAGGAAUGAACCAUGCACUUGAAAUUAACCCAAGUAUAAUAUCAAUAACUUCAUUUAAUGAAUGGCAUGAAGGAACACAAAUAGAAAAGGCUGUCCACAAAGAAUAUUUAGAUUUUAAAUAUCUCGAUUAUAGCCCUCAGGAGCCUGAUUUUUACUUAAAGUUAACGCGAAAAUGGGUACAUAAAUUUAUGAGAAGGAAAAGAGUACAAUCAUUGUAG